AUGCGAAACCUGGAGAGUUGGAUCUUUAUUAAGGUGAGCGAGGAGCGAGACAAGAAGAAGACCCAACUCCUCAACAAAACACGUAACCUAGAACAAGCACAAGCACCCGUGCGCGAACCGUCAGCCGUCCACAACCUAUCAUCUAAACAGCUAACAGACGACCAAAUUAAAGUGCUUCAACAUGAAUCCGGCUACAACACAGGAGACGCACAGCCAGUAGACUUUAUCGCUGCACUAGAAGUGGCCCUCUCAAAAACGGAUGCCGCAGAAGACUCCAAGAACGCGAUUCGCCAACGAGUCGCAUCCCUCAUCAUAUCCCAUAGGCCACGCCGAACCAUCACCUCGGCCGAGCUCAAGGCCAUAAGGGAAUUAAAGAAUGACGACGAAAUUGUCAUUGUUCCAUCGGACAAAGGACGGGCAACCGUAGUGCUAGACAAGUCGGAGUACGUUGCCAAAGCGCAGCAGCUAAUAAAUGACAAUCGAUCGUAUAAAGUCAUCGACUCCGACCCAAAGAAAGCACUGGUAGGCAAGAUCAACAAGAGCCUGAACCAGAUGAGGAACGAAAAUGCAAUAUCAGAAAAGGAUUGGAGACAAAUGAAACCACAAGAUGCUGCCCUAGUGCGCUUUUAUGGUUUUCCGAAAAUCCACAAGCCAAAUGUUUCCCUACGGCCCAUUGUGGCGCUGAAAGGUACGCCUACCUACGGACUGGCUAAGUGGCUCGCCAAGCAUUUAAAGGGGCUGACAGAUGGCUCAGAACACACAGCCGUAUCUUCAACACACUUCCUGGAAAAACUCGAAGGGGUUGCAAUAGCCCCCGACGAAGUAAUGGUAUCCUUUGACGUCGUCUCUCUAUUCACCUCCAUCCCAAAAGAAUUGGCCACGAAAGUCAUCAAUGACCUACUGGAGAGAAAGUACGACGAAGAGGGGAAACCGUUUAAGCGGAAGCACGUGAUGGAACUAUUGGACUACUGCCUACGCACGUACUUCACUUUUAAUGGUCAAAUUUACGAGCAAAUCCAGGGAACCCCAAUGGGGUCUCCGAUUUCCGGCCAUCUGGCUGAGGCGGUCAUGCAGGAACUGGAAGCUCAAGUCUUUCAGUCCUACAUGCCAAAAUUCUGGAUGCGCUACGUGGAUGACACCUUUGUCAUCCUACCUCGAGACAUGAAAGAGACGUUCAAAAACAAUUGA